AUCAGCACAGUGAAGUUUCUGUUGUGAAAUCGUCAGUCUCUCUGUCUCACUGCAGCAAGAUGGCUUCAAAAGUAUGGUCAGAGGAUCGGUUCAGCUGUCCAGUAUGUCUGGAGCUAUUGAAAGACCCAGUCGCUAUUCCAUGUGGACACAGUUACUGUAUGGGGUGUAUUAAGAACUGCUGGGAUCACACUGAUCAUACAGGUGUCUACAGCUGCCCCCAGUGCAGAGAGACCUUUACCCCAAGGCCUGUUCUGCGCAGAAACACCAUGCUGGCCGAACUUGUGGAGGAAUUAAAGACAACAGGACUCAAUCCUCCUCCUGCUCAAAGUUAUGCUGGACCUGGAGAUGUGUCGUGUGAUGUCUGCACUGGGAGAAAGUUCAAAGCUGUGAAAUCCUGUUUGACGUGCCUGGCCUCUUACUGUGAAACACACGUCAAGCCACACUAUGAGGGGGCUGCUUUCAAGAGGCACAAGCUGAUCAAUGCUAUCGAAAAUCUGGAGCAGAAGCUUUGUGCUGAACACCAACGAGUUUUAGAGGUCUUCUGUAGAACGGAUCAGAUGUGUAUUUGCUGGUUGUGUACAGGCAAGGAACACAAGAACCAUGACACAGUCUCAGCUGAGACAGAAAGGACCGGGAAACAGAAGCAGCUGGGAGAGACACAGACAGAAAUACAACAGAGAAUCCAGGAGAGACUGAAAGAAAUUGAGAAGCUGAAACAGGCUGUGGAGUCAUUGAAAAGAUCUGCAUGCAUAGAAAUAAAGGAAAGUGAGAAGAUCUUUACUGAGCUGAUCAUAUCCAUUGAGAAGAUCCACACUGAGGUUAUUGAGCUGAUUGGAGCUAACGAGAAGGCUGCAGUGAAUCAGGCUGAAGGACGCAUGAAGAAACUGGAGCAGGAGAUUGCUCAACUAAGGAGGAGAAACGCUGAGCUGAAACAGCUUUCAGAGACAGAGGAUCACAUCCAUUUUCUGCAGAAUUUCCAGUCUCUCUGUGCCCCUCCUGAAGCUGGAGACUUACCCAGCGUUACUGUCAAUACAGACAUCUCUUUUGAGGCUGUGAGGAAAGCUGUAUCUGAACUUAAAGACCAUAUUGUGGACUUCUGCAAGGGGGAAUUAGUCAAAAUAACCAAAACAGUGAAUGAAGUUGCAGUUUACAGUCUGCAGGCUCCAGAGCCAAGCAGCAGAGCUGAGUUUUUAAAAUCUCCCCAGGCGCCCGUCCCCGUUAACCGCUCUUCAGACAGCAGGAGCAGCAACGGACAGUAGCAUGAUUUGUGUUCCAGGUAUUAUGUCAUUCCAGAAUCGGAGAGGAUUCCGCACCUCUGGGCGUGGAACGAGACGUGUACAGAGAAACAGGCUUUGGGGGACCCCUGGAAGAACUGCACAUGAAUCCUUAGACAACGACAGGGUAAUGGAUGGAAACAAAGACCACUUCCCUUCGAGAGUGACAUAGAAGGAACGUGGCAACCUGUGCAUUUGAUAAGCCAGAAUAAUACAAUGACUCCAGCACAGUUUGAACAAUUUCCUACUUGUGAUAUAACAGUGGGAGGGGUCCAGUAUGAAUCAAUAUGCAACCGAACUGUAAGCAGUAACGCGGCACUGGAGGUGGACUGUCUCUGGACGACAAAAAACUAUACCAAACAGUGACAACAGGAGCAAACUAAUACAAGAAGUCGAGAGUAAAAACGGCAGAAUGUGGGGGUGCACCCACGAUAAUAAUUGGACAUGUGUUAAUGUGACAGGGCAAAGGAUAGCGCACAGUGUGUGUAACGGUACUUGUGAAAAUACAUGGUAUAUGGGAGGUAUGAAGCCACAGUUCCACUCCACUCAAUGUCCCCCGUUAAUGCCAUUUCCCCCCAGACAGGUUGCUAGCUGUGGGGAGGGCAAAACCAUUUGUGAUGGGAGUAACCUGGUUGCAAACGUUGGUAAGAGUAAACAUUGAAGAUAUCUGACUCUACACCAAAAGGUGUGGUGAGUUUAGACUAUUAACUAAAAUAUUGAAUAAAACCUUUAAUCGUGAAUUGGAUACUUACCAACAUAAUGCAGGUGGCCGUCAGAGGAGGGGUCUGAUUGACGACAUUGCUGGGUGGUUCGGGGCUGUGAAUUCAGGCCUCAAUUCCAUAGAUAAUAUACAGCAGGACAAUGAAAACCAUGGCCAGUUUCUGAAAACAGGUGAUGCUAUUCAGAGAUUGGCCAUGGCUGAACAAAUGACUGGUGAAAGACGGUUGACACAAUAAUUGAAGAUGUAAAUUUGACAGCUUGGAGAGAACAGAUGUUACGUGGGAUAGCCAAGACCGGAUACUGAUAUGUACUGAACGAUGUGAUUAAGAUAUUUGUUUUAUUUAAUAGUGCCACAUGCCACCAGUCGGGUCCACCACAGUACCGGGAUAACGGUCAGUAGCCUAGGGGUAGUAAUUGGAACACGGGUUAUAGUCCCACAAAUAACAUGGGUUGAUCAGCGUGCCCAAAAUGCCACCCUGUACUUCAAAGCCACUGAGUGUAUUGAAUUUGGUGAUGCUGUUCUGUGUGACCGUGCUGGCAGCACUAACCUGUCAAUGCAAUUGAUGGAAGCAACGGUACACCCAAAGCUAGGGUAUGAAAGAUGCACUCAGAUGAGAAAUGGAACAUGGUGUGUAAUCACCUCAAGCAUGGGGGUGGGAAGUAGUGGCCAAGUAUGCCUCAUGUCGUCGGCUGUGUGUUUUCACCCGCAGGGAGUCGUGACUGUGGGACACCUGAGCAUGCACCCCACUCCACCUAUUAACAUCACAGGCAUUAUCGAAGAUGCUGAAGAAUGGAUGAAGACAAUUAAUCAUACAGCUCCCCAGGCACCCGUCCCCGUUAACCGCUAUUCAGGAAACGAACAACACUACCAGGCAGGGACAGACUUGGGCUACCAGGGUUUAUGGGAUGAGUAGGCGUUCCAGUCCUCCAUAUCCCCUUCUCAUGGAAACCGCUUGCAUCCGAGAUUGGACUUUGCUUUAAACUUUGUCGCUGUACUAAAUCGUCCACAUGGUAGAGAGAUAGCAUCCGUUUUAGAUACGGACAUAAGUGAUUUGUAAUCCUUUUUUUUUAUCAGUGUAUUCUUGUAUAAUCAAUUCCUGUAUUUUAGUGGUGGUCUGUUUGUUUUAUUGGAUUUUGUUUUCAUAUACAAAGCUUCAGACUUCAUUGUGUGUGCUUCGUGAAAGUGCUUUGUAUAUUUUAUCUUUGGUGUUUUUGAUUUGUUUUAUUGUAUUUUAUUUUAAUAUGCAAAGCUCCCGAUUUUAGACUACAUCAUUUUAUUGUUUUAAUAUUAUGUUAGUUGCUUUGUGUAUUUUUUGAUUUGCCCAAAAUAAACAUUUUAAAACUUA